AAUCCUAGAGCGCAAGAAGUCAUUGACAAGUGUGUGGAACAAAUGGAAGACGAGGAGAUUAUUGAACAGAGACCUAGUUCAUGGGGAUCUGCUGUUACCAUCGUAGCAAAAGCUGAUGGCACUCCUCGAUUCUGCGUUGACUACCGCUCUACUAUUAACAAGAGUUUAAUUCGAAAAUCUUGGCCCAUGCCAGAUAUAGAAUCCCAUAUUGAUACCGUUGGAGGUGCAAAAUUUAUUACUGUCUGCGAUAUUCAGUCAGCCUACCACCAAAUUGAAGUAGACGAAGCAGAACAAGAAAAGACCGCUUUUGCGACACACAAACGGAAAUGGGUUUUCGAACGCCUCCCGGUCGGGAUUGCGAAUGCUCCUUUUCUGUUUGCCCGUAUGAUGUCUCUGGCAUUCUCUCACUUCGGACCACGCAGUGGACUUGUGGUGUAUAUGGACGACGUUAUUUGCUGCAGCUCAAAUUGGGAGAGCCAUCUAACCUUAUUAGAAAGCAUACUCCAAGCACUCCAAGCGGCCGGUCUUACCUUGAAACCCUCCAAAGUACAAUUGGGACCACAGGAAGUUAAAUACCUGGGGCACAUACUGUCUGCCAAAGGGAUUCGCAUUGGGGAAGAUCGUAUACAAUCUAUUUUCGACUUGCCUGUACCUAAAACAAUCAAAGCACUUCGCUCAGAAUUGGGAAUGGUAAACUAUGUGAGGAAAUAUAAACCCGACCUUUCUACGGUCAUCGCACCGCUAGUCGAACUCACACAAAAAGAGCAUGUAAAAUCAAUCGCAAAACGUUGGAGCCAGGAACAUGAUGAGGCUUUUGCAGACAUCAAACGUUUACUCAGCAAAGCACCUGUGUUAUGUUUCCCUGACUUUACCAAAGACUUCGUGGUUCACGUAGAUGCUAGUGAAGUUGGUGCAGGAGCAUUCCUGGGCCAAAAGAACGGCGACGAUGUGAAUAUUAUCACUUUUUUUAGCCAACGAUUUAACAAAGCUCAACGUCACUACUCUGCGACGAUGAAGGAAUGCUACGGUGUGGUCUUGAGUUUACAACACUGGCGACCCUACUUACGGGGCAGACAUUUCGAAAUUGUCACGGAUCACGCGGCAUUGAGAUAUUUGUACACAAUGCAAGACACGUCUAAUAUGCUGACCANAAUUCUGUUUCAGAACGAGUUGCUUUUGAACUAGCGCGCCGUAACCUAUCGGAACGCACACAAAAACAAGCUGCCAAGAACGCUGAACUGCGCCCUAUCCCUGUGUUUAAUCCUGGUGAUCUAGUACUUGUGUACCGCCCAUACCAGGAUUCGGAUGGACCAAAUCCGAAAAAAUUGUUACCGUGGAGAGGACCUUACGUCAUCUGCUCUAAAUUAUCACCAGUUGUAUAUAGAGUGAGACGCCAGAACGAAACUCGAGAAGUUUCGGUCCAUUUAGCCCACAUUACACAAUACUACGCCAGGAAAACGUCACCUGCGCCAGACUUUGAUAAACUUUCCGAGUUUUUCUCAGGACGCCAGAUUCCGUUGCCCGAGCUAGACCAUCCCGACGAAGCUCAACCGAAAAUUAAAUCCUACGUCGUUGACAAAGUGGUCAGCCAUAAGAGUGGUAGGGGGCCGAAAACCCCGUACAACUACAAGUAUCGUUUGCGUCUUCGAGGAUACGGCCCUGAGUCAGACCUUGAAGAUAUAGCAGACGAAAUUCCACAAUGUCAAGCGAUGAUAACUGCCUACCGAAUCCGCUGUGGUUUGGACAUCGUGCAGUCUGAUAAAUCUUCGUCUCAUGCCCCAAUAGAACAGGAAGACCCCAAAUCACCCAGUAAAACAGGGAAACGAAAACGAAAACAAGCAACUACUUCUCAAGAACCUUAGUCGGAAAUUGGUGACGCAAAGUGGCUCUGAGCCAUUGAACAAAACCAGGAAACGACGACGAAGGCGCCUACAGGAGGUUCCAUCACCCAAUUCGCGUUCUGCUAUGACACAGAGUGAUGCCCAAUUACCCUGCCGUGCUAGCAACCGAAAACGAACUAGGACCAGGAAACUAAACGAGUAAUUUAUUCUGUCGUUCCUAACAGUUGCCAUAUCUAUCUGUACCGACACUUGGGACAUUUUCUACUACUUUAAUUUUGUGUUAUGUUAACACAGGACCAGUAGCCACGGUGGUGGGUUGUAUCCAUUGGAAACAGCCUAUUUUUUUUUUAAAGUGUUUAGGGAAGCACUCACGAGGAGAGUCGAACUAAACCACCGUUAUCCCAAGAUCGUAUUUUUGAUGAAUAGAUAAGNUCUACUACUUUAAUUUUGUGUUAUGUUAACACAGGACCAGUAGCCACGGUGGUGGGUUGUAUCCAUUGGAAACAGCCUAUUUUUUUUUUAAAGUGUUUAGGGAAGCACUCACGAGGAGAGUCGAACUAAACCACCGUUAUCCCAAGAUCGUAUUUUUGAUGAAUAGAUAAGCUUGCCAGAGGGUCACCUCAUUACAAGCUCAUCCCUCAUCGAGAUCUUAUUUUAGAUGAAUAGAUAAGCUUGCCAGAGGGUCACCUCAUUACAAGCUCAUCCCUCAUCGAGAUCUUAUUUUUGAUGAAUAGAUAAACUUGCCAGAGGGUCACCUCAUUACAAGUUCAUCCCGCAUCAAGAUCUUAUUUCCCGGUGAAUAGAUAAACUUGCCAGAGGGUCACCUCAUUACAAGUUUAUUCCUCACCAAAAUCUUAUUGUAUGAUGGAUAGACAAACUUGCCAGAGGGUCACCUUAUUACAAGUUUAUCCCUCAUCAACCCCACAGCAUAGCAUGCUACACGAGCAUGAUCAUGCGAAAUAUUAUUGUACACUUGCUGUCAUCAUGUUAGCCCAGUACACAAAUUGUUUUUUUUCUAGACUCUACUAGUAUGGACCACAUCUAUCACCACUCCGUCUGAGGACUCCGUAUUUUUUUAACACGCGUUCACAUCUUUAGCACAGAUGGAGUUGUGGCGCAUAGAGGGGGCGGUGAUGUGGAGGACACCUGUCGGGAGUAUAACCAACCAUGAGUGCACANCAUCUUUAGCACAGAUGGAGUUGUGGCGCAUAGAGGGGGCGGUGAUGUGGAGGACACCUGUCGGGAGUGUAACCAACCAUGAGUGCACAUACAAAGUGUAGGAAGAUAUAGCUCCAUCGGGGUAUCUUGUCACUGGGAGCGUGACAAGAAACGCACCGUCGGAGAUUUGUCUCUUCCGAAGUUCAUGGCCACUUGCCGAAAGGAGAAGCGGAGAGUGUUCGACUCUCCUCUCCCUCUGCUCUCUCUGGCCAGUCAUUCUUUUUACCCUCUUCUCCUCGUUUACAUAUCACGAGAGGAAAUAGCCUCCCCCUGGCAGUGGGAUAAUACUGCCAAGGCACCGGCCUCUGUCUCCGACAGUAGCCAGGGUCCCUAUACCGUAUUCAUUCACUGUUAAGCCUUGUUCCCCACGUGUGCCCAUCUCUCAAUACCCAUCACUGCACUGUGGCCAUCGACGUAUAGACUCGUCUACACGACAGCAGUAGUCGUCAUGUCAUCGCGCCGUUCGUAACGCUUUGUGCCCUCAUGUCUCGCACACUGGGAAGGCGACCGAAGAGAAAGAGGACAGCGAUGAUGCAGGAACACAUCGUGAGAUGCAUCCAGCGCGCAAGAGUAAGUUGAAGCCUCUUGGCUGUUAGGGUCACAUUAGUCGCAGCAGUGAAUACCUUUGUAGUCUUGUCAUCCCUUGUUUGUUCUGCUGUGUGUUACUCCAUUCGUUACGAACGAUCGGUGUGUCGCCCUGUUCAUAUUCCGACGUCAUUGCCGCGAAGAAAGGUGAACGCUCCAGACCGUCCAAAAGCGAACAGAUUGCGUCGGAGUCUAAUAUUUUCCUUGUUGUGUUUUCGAAUGCUGUUGGGUGCAAGGAUGCCGAGAGGACUCCGACGAGGAGGAGGAUGACGGCGACGUGGAGGAUUCGGACGAAG